AUGAGCUUACGCCUACCUGCAGGAGCUAACUUCGUAAUAGCAGCUAUCAUCUUGUACAGGCUCUGGCCUAGUCGUUCUCGUACUGCGUCGCGCUUCUUGGUGUUGAUCACCAUUUUCAUCAUCUCUUCUUGCACCGCCCAUGUCUUCAUCUAUCUCGACGACCUCCUUGUAGGGUUCACAUCUUCGCAAGUCGCCAAUGCCCUGGAUAACGGUAGCAACUCUACGCUGAGCGUCAGCGAGUACUUCAUUGGAUUCCGGUUCAACAUACUCGUUGGUUAUUUCCUGCGUGUAUUCAACGGCUUUUGCAACAAGCUCUUUGUCACGUGGAGGGUGUACGUGCUAUGGGAACAUCACGCGUAUCUUGCAGCGCUGCUAUUGACCGUGCACUUCGCGGAAGCUGGUCUGAACAUAGCCUAUGGAUACCAUGCAAUCCAGGCGCACAUUCUUGAAGACCAUCUGACCAAGGUGUUAGUGGCCUCUGCGUGGGCAUUGUCCAUGGUAGCGAUGGGUUCUGGACUUCUCCUCAUCGCAUGGCGAACCAUCGGAACCCCGAAGGUUGUCCGUGGGAACCAGAAGAGGGAUGGCAUCUUCUUGAAACUCUUCUAUGUUCUCGUGGAAUCCGGCUGUGUAACUCUGGUAGCGGACAUAGUCACAGUAGCGCUCGGUUACCACGACCAGAUCCGUGGCUUCGUCUCUUUAGCCGUCCUGGGACAGAUAUCUGCUCUGGGGCCUCUAGCCAUCAUUCUGCGCGAGAUCUCGAAGGCGCAGCAGGAAGCCUCGAGCGGCGAUGUCAACGUUGCUAGCGCACUUACCUUACAGAUAUCGGACCACACUUUGCCCUUGCAUCGUGCUCAACAGUCUCACAACCGUUCGGAAAGUAGGGCGGGAAGUAGCGAAGUUCUGACGGUUCGCAUCGAGAGAUCUCUGCUCGAAGAUGACGGGACGACGAGAGCUCCGGCCAUCAAGCAAGUGUUCCUCUGA